ACUCUUGUCGUUUCUAAAAUCCCAUCGCCGAGGCCGGCUGGCCGGUUCCUAGGCGCUACCAAGGUGAUGGAACAGUACUUCGUCAGCCAAUAAAGGCGAUGCCUCCUCAUUAGCAAGGCUUUGCUUUUUAACUCCUCCGUGACGCUGAAGUUGGAGGGCUUCCGGCCGGAGGCCAUUAGAUAGGACACCCGGAAGGCGGAAAUCCUAGGGCGGAAGUGGCCGAAAGAAGAGGAGAAUGGCGGCAGAGGGUUGGUUUUGGCGCUGGGGCUGGGGCCGGCGGUGCCUAGGGAGGCCUAGGCUUCCUGGUCCCGGCCCCGGCCCCGCUACACUUGUACAUAUUCUUCUGUUGUUGGGGUCGGUGGCUGCGGAUAUAACUGACGGCAACAGUGAACACCUCAAGCGGGAGCAUUCGCUCAUUAAACCCUACCAAGGGGUUGGUUCCAGCUCCAUGCCUCUCUGGGACUUCCAAGGCAGUACUAUGCUCACGAGCCAGUACGUGCGUCUGACCCCUGAUGAGCGCAGCAAAGAGGGUUCUAUUUGGAACCACCAGCCUUGCUUCCUUAAGGACUGGGAGAUGCAUGUCCACUUCAAAGUCCACGGCACAGGAAAGAAGAAUCUUCAUGGAGAUGGCAUCGCCUUGUGGUACACCCGGGACCGCCUUGUGCCAGGGCCUGUGUUUGGAAGCAAAGAUAACUUCCAUGGCUUAGCCAUCUUCCUGGACACAUAUCCCAAUGAUGAGACCACUGAGCGUGUGUUCCCGUACAUCUCGGUGAUGGUGAACAAUGGCUCCCUGUCCUACGACCACAGCAAGGAUGGACGCUGGACUGAGCUGGCAGGUUGCACGGCUGAUUUCCGCAACCGGGACCACGAUACCUUCCUGGCUGUGCGCUACUCCCGGGGCCGCCUGACGGUGAUGACUGACUUGGAGGACAAGAACGAGUGGAAGAAUUGCAUUGACAUUGUAGGAGUGCGCCUGCCCACCGGCUACUACUUUGGAGCCUCGGCUGGUACUGGCGACCUGUCUGAUAAUCAUGACAUCAUCUCCAUCAAGCUGUUCCAGCUCAUGGUAGAGCAUACUCCUGAUGAGGAAAACAUUGACUGGACCAAGAUUGAGCCCGGUGUCAACUUCUUCAAGUCUCCCAAAGUCACACUCCAGAGCUCUUCACUGAUCUAUUAGCUGUCUGUGUCCUCCUUGCUGCCUCCUGUUCGAGUACAAAAUGCCUUUCCACGGGAUAGAUACCACAUAUUGCUCACAGUGACACAAGGUUUUGCUCUGUUUCCUUCACAAAUUUGGGAGCCUUCCCAGAAAGACUGAAGAGUACUUAUGAUGCUUUGUAUUGAAAUAUUUUAUUAGACACUUCUCAGAAUAGCUUCUUUACUUUAAAAAAGCAAACAUUAAGUGCUUCCUGUAUGCCAUUCUUCCAGUCAGAUGACAUUUAUUAAUUAAUUUCACCAAACAACCCUGGAAGUGUAUUAGUUCAGGUGGGAGACAUGUCCACACUGAUGUGCCAAAGUGGAUGUGCCCGUGGUGAUGUGCAGAAGUGAGACCUGCAGUCUGGAACUUCAUGGCUGGUGCAACCAUGUCAUCAUUGCCUGAACUUUAAUUGUUUUAUUCUAGCUCAGCCCUUCCUAAAUUCCUGAAUUAUCAGGCAAGUUGGUACUGUGUGGUUCUCAAUGUUUGCUACAUGUUAGAGCCACUUGGAGAACUAAGAGCCCCCUGCGUUCUCCAGGUUUGGCCUAGGAAGAUGUGGAGCAGAACAAGAGCAGUGUUAAGAGGCCUUCUGGUGGUUUUAAUUAGUAUCCAGGCUGGGACUCUAGCAAGUGUUUGCUGAGUGGAGAGCAGAUGUGAAAGUUAUCUUGCAGCUCAGCUUCCCUGUCGGGGUGGGCUUAACUUUCCACUGGAACAUGGUGUGUUUGCAUCUGGGAAAAAGUCGAUUGUUGCAAACUUCACACGUAGAGUUCUUCCCUAGAAGGUUUUGACACAUUUUCAUUUUCACACACUCAUGAGGGUGUAAUGCCAUAAUUAGGUUUUUGCCAUUUGCUUUAAAAAAUGGAGUUAUUGAUUAUACAAAAGUUAAAUACAAAUGUAUAUCCAUGUACCUACUGUUCAGUUUGAGAAUAAGAUUGCAAACACACCUAGAUCCUUCUUUCCCUUCUCUCUAGAGGUGAUCACUACUGAACUUUUCUGAUUCUUAAAAAUGUUAAAUGAAGUUAUGUAUCACUUCUGUACAUUGUGUCGUUUUGCAUUUUUAAAAACUUUUCAGUGGUAUAUGAAUGUAUUCAAUUUACAAAGCCCAACAUUGCUGGUGACACUUUGGCUGACAUGUAGCUUGGGAUGCGUCUUCGUUGUCAUACUGUGUGGUAUGAAUAGACUACAGUUUCUCUGUUCUUCUACCCGUGGUCAUUUAGGUGUUUCCAGGUUUUAGCUCUUAGAUAUUGCUGUGUGCUACAAAUGUUCUUGAACAUAUCUACACUUGCAGAUGUAGAAUUGCUGGGUUGUAACUUGUGUACAUUUUCAGUUUUACUAGCUGGGGCCACCAUCGUUAUCCAAAGUAGCUUAUGUUCUUUUCUUCCCACUGUGGUGGAUGGCUGCUGAGAUUCCCCUCUGCCUACUAAGCAUUUGAUGUCAGAGUUUUCAAUUUUUGACAGUCAGAUGGGUGCAAAAGUUUUAGUUUCUGUCGCCUGUCACUCCCCGCCCCCCUCGUGCCCCCCCCCAACGAGGAUUGAACUCAGUGUCUUGCAUUUGCAAGGCAGGCAG